GUUGCCCAGGGGAUCUGUGAGAAUGCCUACGCGAGUCACCGUUGUGCUGGCUGACAUGGACCAUGGUUGAAAGCAUCUUCGUCGGGUCUCGCAAGCCAUCUGGCCCACGCUAAGUUUUUGGUAGACUGUCCCAACUAUCAUUGAUUAGAGGUCCAUAGCUUGGCACCAGACGACCGACAUCAAUGACGACACCGAGCAUUCGUCAUUGUAUCAUCACAACACUAAGCAGCCAAUUAGUGCCCUCAGGGGCAUACUCACACAAAGAACAGGGUUCGAUCAAUGUAACCGAAGAUGGAGUAUUUCAUAGUCCAGGACGAACACUGCCGGCGGGAGGAAAAGGUGCAUCACCAAGACGAAGUCCAAAAGGAACACCAUCCCGAGAAUGGCAACGGAAAACAAGCCAGCGGCGCUGCCGCAGCUGGUGCUCAAUCCGCAGGAACGCAUCCCGAUCCUCAAGACGCAGACGCACCACACAGAGCCGGAGCCCACGCUCCCGAUUCGCAAAAGCAACACCCACCCGUUGGAAAGUAACUUCCCACCUCUCUCCUCUGAAGAGAACGGAACCGAUGGAAGUGUGUUCUUCAUAGGCACAGCCACCACCGUGAUAUCCUACAAUGGCAUCCGCAUACUCACCGAUCCGAACUUUCUCCACGCCGGCGACCACGUGCACCUCGGCCCAGGGGUAACCGCCACACGCCUCACCAACCCCGCCGUGCCCAACCUGGCCUCGCUGCCACCCGUCGACGUGAUCCUCCUCUCACACUACCACGAGGACCAUUUCGACCGUGUCGUUGAGGCUCAGCUCAGCCGCGACCUGCCCAUCGUCACCACUCCGCACGCAAAGGCCUGUCUGACUGGGACUGGGAAGGACGAGGCUGACCGGUUCAGGGCUGUGCACGCCCUGGAUGUCUGGGAGGGCUUGCUCAUGCCUGUGGUGGUACCUGGUGCUGCUCCCGGUGUUGAGAGUGGGGGUAAGGGGGUUAUGAAGAAGGCGCCGGCUGUCAAAGUAACGGCCAUGCCGGGCAAGCAUGUGCCGCCCGGCCCGAUCGGGGCCGUCAAUGAGAUGCUCGGCGCGGUGCCGCCUACUAACGGGUGGCUGGUCGAGUUGGGGUAUACUAUGGCUCCUUCUAUGAAUGAAACCAGCACCACGAGCGGCGACGGGGGCUUUGAAGCGGGCUACCGCAUCUACAUAUCAGGGGACACGCUGUUUGUGGACGAGCUGAAGGAGAUUCCGGCGCGGCUGAAGGGGGACAAGAUCGAUCUCAUGCUGGUCCACCUCGGCGGCACGACGGUUCCGAGCCCGAGGCUGCCGCUCUUGAUGGUCACGAUGGAUGCGAAGCAGGGGGUGCAGCUGAUGAGGUUGGUGGAUCCGGACGUGACGGUGCCGAUUCAUUAUGAUGAUUAUGAUGUGUUCAUGUCGUCGCUGGAGGACUUUAAGAAGGAAGUCCAGGCGGCUGGGCUGGGUGAUCGCGUGGUGUUUCUUGAUAGGGGGGAUGAGUAUCGGUUAAGGGUCAAGGGGUAACUUCUUAAAAGGGGUGGACCGGGGGACGACGGACGGUGCAAUGUGGUUAUGAGAUUUGUGGGAUUUUUAGAGGUUAUAUUCACGUCAUUGAGGUCUGAUCUGCGGUAGUACUGCUGAGCCGAAAUAGCUGAUGAGGUUGG